AACUGUUUACCUUAUAUGACACCGGGAAACGGCCAAGUAAGACGGACCGUCUUCUCAAAUGUUGAGAACAAUCUGUCACUUGCGAUCUUCCUUAACCCCCAAAUUUUCCUUUCCUCUUGUAUAUUCAUUUCAUUCUCUAUCAUCACUUUGCAGUUGGUGUCUUCUACAGAAGCAUCAAGAUGGGUCAGCAGAUGACUAUAACACGGACCCUAAGAGUUCUCCAAGACUAUUUGUUGUUCAGCCUCGGUUUCGGCCUGAUUCGGUUCUCAAGCCUAAGCUUAAUGAAGCACUGAACCUGGCUAAUUCACUUGAGGAACAAAGAGAUGGGUUUUACGAUACUGAGUUUCUUGAUAAACAAAUGCCACCUCAUCUUGUUGUCCAAAAUCCAGCUUCCCGAACAACUCGCGCUGAUACAUUUUUUGGACCUGGGACUGUGGAUACAGUUAAAUGCCAUGUAAAUUCUUUGGAAACUCAGCAUGAAGGAGUAGAUGCCAUUUUUGUAAAUGCAAUUCUCUCUGGCAUACAGCAGCGUAAUUUAGAGCGGGCUUGGGGUAAACCUGUUCUGGACCGUGUGGGCCUGAUAAUAGAGAUUUUCAAUGCACAUGCUCAGACGAAAGAAGCUAAGCUACAGGCUGAGUUGGCUGCACUUAUGUACAAAAAAAGUCGUCUAGUUCGUGUGCGCGGUCCUGGUGGACGUUAUGGUUUUGGCGUAGGUGGAGAAGCUGAAGUUGUUAGUGCCAGAGGGAGAGGAAGUGGGGGACGUGGUUUCAUUAGUGGUGCUGGAGAGACGGAAUUGCAGCUUCAGCGGCGAAGAAUUUUAGAACGGAGGAGCCAAUUGUUAUCUGAAAUUAAAGAGGUUCGUCGUACGCGAGCGUUGCAGCGUGCUGCUCGUAGGAGACAUGGAGGAUCAGAUGGUCAAGAAAUUCCUACAGUUGCUGUCGUUGGUUACACUAAUGCUGGGAAAUCCACUUUGGUUAGUGCAGUCUCAGAGAGUCAUCUCUACUGCGAUGAUAGAUUGUUUGCCACAGUGGACCCCAAGUUAAGAAGUGUCAUUCUCCCUUCAGGAAGGAAAGUGCUCCUCAGUGAUACGGUGGGAUUCAUUUCCGAAUUGCCUACACAGCUAGUAGAAGCGUUCCAUGCAACAUUGGAAGAGGUUAUUGAAGCUGACCUCCUUGUGCAUGUUCUGGACUCAAGUGCAUCAAACGUAAAUGAGCAGCGGGAAGCAGUGUUGCAAGUUCUAGGGCAGAUAGGAGUCCCUGAGCAGAAGCUCCAGAAUAUGAUUGAAGUUUGGAAUAAGAUUGAUCUUCACGAGGAUUUCGUUGGAGAUGGUUAUUGUAAUGAGGAUGAAGUUGCUAGUGGGUCAGACGAAAACAAUGAUGUUGCAUCCAAUAAAUUGUGUGAAGAGGAACUCUCUGAUUGCGAUACUAAUGAAAAUGAGGACUUUGAGCAAUCGGACAAGCUUGGAGAGGUCAUAGAUGAUCAACAAGGUAACUACUCUGAUGAAUGGUUGGUCUCAGUUGAUGAACAAGAUUCCUGGGUUGACUAUAAUGGUUCGUCGGUGGGCUGUGGGAGUGCAGAGGUCCAGCAAAACGACCCCUCUAAGAAGUGGGAGGUUGUUGGAUCUGAGUCUGGUCCACAUGUCAAGACGUCUGCCUUAACUGGUGUUGGACUGCAAGAGUUGCUGGAGCUUCUUGAUGAAAAAUUGAAGCCCCAGAAAACCGUAGAGAAGGAUAUCUUUGAUCGCAAAUGGAGACCACCGCGCACGCGCACAGAAGAAGAUAGCAGAAUAGCAGUUGAACAAUAGUAUUUAUAAAGAAAAAGAGAAGCGUUCCAUUCCAUAUCAAGGCAGCUGUCUUUAUCCACAACGAAAGGGGAUUGAAGUUUUAACACAGUUAGGAGGACUUGUGAUGACUAGUAGCUACAUGCAUCUCCUUGACAUGGAAGAUUCAAACAUGGAUUGGAGCUACCUUUGGUCAUCGGUUAUUCUGGAUGCGUUCACUCCCAUUGUGAAUGCUACUAAGGUUGUCCUAUAUCUGGUGUUUAUAUUCUCUGAACCAAAAGUUGCGUAUCAAACUACGAAUGCCUAUUGUAACUGGUUUACAGGCUGUUACAUGCUUCCGGCUUUCACACCCAUGAAGAAGCAAUGUGUAUUUCCUUAAUGUUAAAUCAUGUACUUUAUAACUAGUGAGCCGUGACAUGUUUCAUGGUGUGUUGUGGAGUUGGACGUUCAAAUGCCGCGAGUUGUAUAUGUAGCGAAACCCGAGAUAAAUAUGAGCGGAUUCGGAAAUUAA